AUGCGUUAUAUUUCUGCCUAUCUCCUCGCCCUUGCUGGUGGAAACCACUCUCCAAAGCUUGAGGAUUUGAAAAACAUCCUCGGAGCAGUCGGAGUCGACACUGAUGUUGAAACUGCCAAGUUGGUUAUUUCCCGGCUACAGGGCAAGAGCAUUGAAGAAGUCAUUGCCGAGGGAUCAUCUGGAUUAGUUUCGAUCUCAGGUGGAGCUGGUCCUGCUCCCGCUGCUGGAGGUGCUGCUCCAGCAGCAGCUGCUGCCCCUGCCGAGGAGGCAAAACCAGCCAAAAAAGAAGAGAAGGAGGAGUCUGAUGACGACAUGGGCUUCGGUCUUUUCGAUUGA